GUCUCUGCUGUCUUUCAGAACCGGACGCCUCUCGUGUGUGAAGUAACGAUGUCAGAAGACUCUCUCUGGGAUUUUCUAAAUAAGCGUGUUUUGAUCAGGUAUUUUAGCGUUUACGGGAGGAUGCUGAGAUGCUGAGAGUUGUCUAACAGCGUCAGUGCCAUCCCCGAACUGCAGUGCCAUGCCAAGCGGAGCUCGAUAAAAGAUUGCGGAUUAAUGAGAUGAAAAGAUGAGUGGCGACGCGUUCACCUGCAAUCCUGAGAACCAAACAACAACAAUACGAGAUUACCAGCAUCAGAUCUACGCAGUCUUCUACACGGUGAUUCUGGUUCCUGGACUGAUUGGCAAUGUUCUCGCUCUCUGGGUGUUUUAUGCCUACAUCAAGGAGACGAAGAAGGCGGUGAUAUUCAUGAUCAACCUGGCCGUCGCUGAUCUGCUGCAAGUCUUGUCUCUGCCUCUGCGCGUUUACUACUACUUGAAUAAUUCGUGGCCUUUUGGCAAGUUCGCCUGCAUGGUGUGUUUCUACGUGAAGUACGUCAACAUGUACGCCAGCAUCUUCUUCCUGGCCUCCAUCAGUCUGAGACGCUGCCGACUCAUCAUCCAGCCCCUGCGGUACAGCGGCACCAAGAGGCAGUGGGACCGCCGCUGGUGUUUGUUCGGCUGGCUCCUGGUGGGCCUCGGGUGUCUGCCGUUCCCUCUUCUACGGAAAGACUACGAUGAUGUUCAUUGCUGCUUCUCUGAGCUGCCCAUGAUGAAUCUGACCAAAGCUCAGGGAGUGUCCCUCGUGACCGUGGCCGAACUCACGGGGUUCCUUCUCCCGCUGACCGUGGUGAUGACCUGCACGUGCCUGACCGCCGCGAGUCUGCGCGAGAAGACCUGCGUGCUGCAGGACACCGGGGAAAAGCACAAGGCGUUCAAGAUGGUGUUGAGCUGCGCUGGAGUGUUCCUGGUCUGCUUCGUGCCCUAUCACAUCACUUUCCCUCUGGACUUUCUGGCCAAAUCCAGCGUGAGCGUCAGUUCUGCCUUUAAGGUCGCAGUCCUCCACAUUCAUCCGGUCACCUUGUGCUUAGCGAGUCUGAACUGCUGUCUGGACCCAGUGAUGUACUACUUCACCACCGACGAGUUCAAGCGCCGCCUGUCCCGGCCCGAGAUACAGGAGAGCCUGCAGCUGCACCUCAGAGCGUCCUGCUCCUCCAACCGGGAGGUCUGACGUCUCCCCCAGAGACACGUCGCUCUCACGCACAAAACAACGUCUUUCUGGAGAUACGAGGACUGAUGAACAAUCUUGUUGAAAAAUGUGAAAACUUCGCACUGCAGAAUCUUUAUGAAACUGUGAUUUUUAUAGACACGAGCCAUGAAACUUCACAAAUAAAUCUGGUUCUGCUCUUGUAAGAUUUGAUAUAUUAUAAUAUAUAUUAUUUGAAUAUAUUUUAAAAUGUGUUUCCUAUGAUGACAAGCUGAUUUGGUGUAAAUCAUAUUUUUGUUGAAACUGAUAAAAACGUACAAGAAUUCUUUGAUAAAUGGAACGAAAUGGAAGAAAAUAAUUUAUUUG